AGGGCAGCGGCGGGGCCGGCGGGCAGCGGCGGCGGCCAGUGGGCAGGCGUGGACGCGCGCGCGCGGGGCAGCGGCGGGCACCGAGCAGCUCCGGUCGUCUCUGCAGAGCCGCGCCUCCCCGUCCGUGCGUCCGUCCGUCUGUCCGGCACCAUGCCCGCCGUGGACAAACUCCUGCUAGAGGAGGCCCUGCAGGACAGCCCCCAGACUCGCUCUCUGCUGAGUGUGUUUGAGGAGGAUGCGGGCACCCUCACAGAGUACACCAACCAGCUGCUCCAGGCCAUGCAGCGCUUCUACGGAGCCCAGAAUGAAAUGUGCCUGGCCACUCAACAGCUCUCUAAGCAACUGCUGGCGUAUGAAAAACAGAAUUUUGCUCUUGGCAAAGGUGAUGAAGAAGUGAUUUCUACUCUCCACUAUUUUUCCAAAGUGGUGGAUAAGCUGAACGUUCUCCACACAGAGCUGGCGGAGCAGCUGGCGGGCACGAUGGUGCUACCCAUCAUACAGUUUCGAGAGAAGGACCUCACAGAAGUGAGCACUUUAAAGGACCUCUUCGGACUGGCCAGCAACGAGCACGACCUGGCCAUGGCGAAGUACAGCAGGCUGCCGAAGAAGAAGGAGAACGAGAAGGUGAAGAACGAGGUGGUGAAGGAGGUGGCCGCGGCGCGCCGGAAGCAGCACCUCUCGGCCCUGCAGUACUACUGCGCCCUCAACGCCCUGCAGUACUCCAAGCGCGUGGCCAUGAUGCAGCCCAUCAUCGGCUUUGCCCGCGGGCAGAUCGACUUUUUCAAGAAGGGAGCCGAGAUGUUUUCCCCGAGCCUGGACAGCUUCCUGUCCUCCGUCCCGGGCAUGGUGCACAGCAUCCAGGAGGAGCUGGACGCCGAGGCGGAGAAGAUGAUGGUGUCGCAGCAGGAAUUCCUGUCCUUGGAGGAUUCCGCGUACAUGCCCGACGCCGACGUGUCUGCACCCCAGAUCAACAGGAACCUCAUCCAGAAGGCGGGGUACCUGAACCUCAGGAACAAAACGGGGCUGGUGAGCACCAGCUGGGAGCGGCUGUACUUCUUCACGCAAGGCGGGAACCUCAUGUGCCAACCACGGGGCACCGUGGCCGGGGGCCUCAUCCAGGACCUGGACAACUGCUCGGUGAUGGCGGUGGACUGCGAGGACCGGCGGUACUGCUUCCAGAUCAGCACACCCAGCGGGAAACCGGGCAUCAUCCUCCAGGCCGAGAGCAAGAAAGAAAACGAAGAGUGGAUCUGCGCCAUCAACAACAUCUCCAGACAGAUCUACCUGACCGACAACCCUGAGGCUGUGGCCAUCAGGCUGAAUCAGACGGCCCUCCAGGCGGUCACUCCCAUUACCAGCUUGGAGAAGAAGCAAGACGGCCUGUGCCCCAGCCAGACCCCAAAGCAUUCCGAGGUGGGCAAUGACAAGAAGGUCCCCCCAGCCGCAGCCAAUAUGCCCGAAGCCGAACAGCUCAUCGCCCCCGGGACCCCCAUUCAGUUCGACAUCGUCCUUCCCGCGACAGAGUUCCUGGACCAGAACCGCGGGAGCAGACGCACCAACCCUUUCGGCGAGACCGAGGACGACACGUUCCCCGAGGCCGAAGAUUCACUCCUGCAGCAGAUGUUCAUAGUCCGAUUUUUGGGAUCGAUGGAAGUUAAGACGGACAACACGACGGAAGUGAUUUACGAGGCCAUGCGGCAGGUGUUGGCGGCUCGGGCUAUUCACAACAUCUUCCGGAUGACAGAAUCCCACAUGAUGGUCACCAGCCAGGCGCUGAGGUUGAUAGAUCCUCAGACUCAGGUGACAAGAGCCAAUUUUGAACUGACCAGUGUCACCCAGUUCGCGGCUCAUCAAGAAAACAAGAGGCUGGUUGGUUUCGUUGUCCGAAUGCCCGAAUCCACAGGGGGCCCGUCUCUGAGCACUUACGUCUUUGAAAGCAACUCAGAAGGCGAAAAGAUAUGCUAUGCAAUCAAUUUGGGAAAAGAAAUUAUUGAGGUUCAGAAGGACCCGGAAGCACUGGCCCGGUUAAUGCUCUCCGUGCCACUAACCAAUGACGGAAAGUAUGUCCUGUUAAGCGAUCACGCCGAUGACCCUGACGGCAGCCCGCGUGAGGACAGAGGCGCAGAAUCUGAAGCCUAAACUCUCUGGCGCCCCGGGGGAAGCGCACCCAGGAAGGCGAGCCGCCUCCUGAAGGGUUUCCAACUUCUCUGACACACAGGCCCACACCCCGCCCUCAGACUGCUGACAGUCGCUUGUGGAACACACGCUCCGCCCCUCCACCCUGCCCCUCGGAGGGAGAGGCAGAGACGGCUGACCGCACCCCUCCCCAUCUCCAAUGUUCUUUUAGGUGCUCUGUUGGUAAGUCCUUUUCCUUAGACCACGCCGGUCCGGGCUCAGGAUGAAACUGGUCACGAACAGCAACACAGACCAAUAACGCAUUGUUCACUUUAUCGGGAUGCCCGCUCUCCUUCCCGCACCCGUCAUCCUUUUGCAAAAAUGACAGCAGCCUAGAUUUGUAAUUUGAUAAAAAAAAAAAAACACUAAAUAUUUCCUAUUAAUAUAAUCUAUUUUUGUAUUUUUUACCUAAUGAGCUUUAAGUGCCUGUCGUUCUGGAAACUAUUUAUACUCCAGCGUGUCUCCUAAUUGGACCUAACAGCAUGUUAUUAACGUGUGCAGUCAGGGAGUGAGCCUUGCGCGGAGGCCCAGAUGUUCUCGUUUGCAUGGGGACUCCAGGCCUCACGCAAUAAAGAGACUUAGCAGAUGAGUACCCCGGGGGGGCGUGUAAUUCUGCACGGGCGCCCCUCAAUGAGCCAGCACGCAGCGCCCGGGCCUCUUAGAUAUUAACUAUUCUCGGUGGCGAAUCACGGUGCACGGCCGGGUGCAGCUCCUUCAGUUCCUGUUUCUCCUGAGCCAGACUCCUGGAGGAAGGGACCAAUGAACUUCAAAACAUACCCAAAGUACAGCUGGCCGGGGGGGCUUGGUACGGAGUUCUUCCAAGCCCACCCUUUACACAUCCCACUCGCUCCUACGAACCAAGUAUAAUGAGCUUGAAUUGGUUACCGUGUGUUUAAUUAUAACCGUGUUAGACAGAGUAUCACUGUCUUUGUAAUAAAUUAACCUAGCAACCAAUGCUAGCAAAUAAAAACUGUUAACUAUUUA